GUACCACGUGACCAACAAUAAAAAUCCAUGGCGGCUCACUGUUGUGCAGGACUUGUAGGGAGAUCAGGUAUGAAAGUACAGCACUCCUCUUCUCAGACUGCCUGCUUUAGCUUCCUUACAGACCACCAUUGUUUUCAAGUAUAAAGUUACGACUUGCCGGUAUUAGUAUGAUAAAUACAGUUAAUUUGACAGUAGUUUACAUGUUUUCGAAAAGGGGCGGUAUUUGCUCCGAACUAGUGCUAGCGUGCUAGGUAAGCUAUAACCAGUUAAGAAGCAUCUGUGAGAUAGUCGACCAGAGGAGAGGUCCAGUUUUUAGUUACUGCUUGCUUCUUUGAGUGAGAUUUCAACGGCUUGUGAUAGUUAAACCACUUUAACACCUAUUUCGAAAUGAGGACAUGGAUUUACAAAGAUAAGGUUAGGAUUAGUGACCAAGUUUUCAUAUACACAUGUCUGGACAGGUGAAGGAGAAUCCAGCAGCUUUGAAAUGAGAGAGUGAUCAAGGAGACAUAUCUGGAAACGUACUGCUUUAAUCGUAUGCCGACUUUUGGGAGUUACACUGUUGUGCUGGACCAAGGCGUAUUGAGAGUGUUCUCAUAUUUUAUUCACAGUACAUAAAUAUAUGGCAAAGUAUGAGAUAAGAAAUACCUUUUAAUAGCUAACCACAAGUUCAUCAUCACCAUGUGAAAACACAAUUUUGCAUUAGAACUUACCAUCUGCAGUGUAUUUAUCAACCCUCCUCCUGUGUUAGGGUCUGCACCGAUCCGUUUUUGAUUGUAAAUGCUUAAAAGAACCACUUAAAUUAGCUUUUUUGCAUCAAGACUUUUUGACUUUGUCAGGAACCUCUAUUUCAACAAAAUAGAAAAAAAUCAAUUGACUAAACUAUAAAAUGCUCUUGUUAAAAUUAUGGCACUUGUCAUGUUAGGGUUGCUGUUGACCCGGUCAGAUCAAUAUCUAAUAAUCAGAGCAAAAAUUGAAAUCAUAAGUGCACUGUUAGGCACCACACUGACAGUCAGAUCCUCUUCCAAUCAUGGGAGAUUUAGGAAAUUCUCAUUUCGCCAGGUUUUCCCCUGCACAAAAAACAAUGUCAGGCAUGUCCAGACAUAUGAGAUCAAUUUGGUAUAUAUGUCUGUAUGAGGGGUAUACUGACAAAGAAAGGCCCAGGGGCCCCAACAAAAGAUAUUAUAAGCAAUAUUUUCAAGGAUAACUAAGCCCAACAAGGUAACCUUGAGAUGAGAACCACAUUGGAUGAUAGGGAAUUGUUUUGAGUGUAAUUUACAGCUGAUUUAUGACAGGGGUCAAAACCAGCCCUUAACAUAGUAGGUGCGUAGUGAAAGCUAACACGGUAGAAAGGUUAAGCAAAGAACAACAAAAUAAACAAUGCUCCCUUUUAAAAUUGUGUUUUUUUCCCCUUUCUUUAAUGAAGGACUGGGUGCCUUACUGCAGAGAGUUUGUUGUGCGACAAACGUUGGUUCCCCCACAGCACUACUGUGUCAGCAACAUCGUCGCUUCUUCUGGAGAAAGUGGAAAAGCUCUCACAAUGUAGUUCGGCCUGCCACUGUUCGGCCUGCAUAUGCAGUACCCAAGGUACAGCACUUUGAGGAAGACUGUGCACAGCAUAGAGGGGUUUCUGAUAUUGACCUAAAUUUGACAUAAUAAUAGUAAUAGUAUUUGUGUUAGUUAUUGUGCAGAAAUGUGAUCAAAGUAACUCACAUAUCAUGACCCUAAAGGUGUUUUAUAAUGUUUCUGAAGAAGACUCAAAUUCACUCUGAUGUCUUUUCAUGAUAUCUAAAGGAAAACAAAACUGUUAGGGACAAGACAGUCAAUUUAUAUGCUUUAAGUUUUAAUGCCUAAAAUUGGAGCAAGAGGGAAGCUGCCGGAUGAAUAGCUGAGGAAAAUGCCCUGAUUUUACAAUUUCCACCAAAGAUAUUCACAAUAAAUGAUACACCUGACUGUCAAAAGUCAGCAGGAUGAGUUUUUUGUCAAAAGACGCCACUAGAGCAAUCAGAGGACAUCAUAAAAAAAGACUGCUUUGUCCACAGGGGGCUCCAAAGUGGACAUAAAUUAAACAUUUCUCACAGGGGCUUUGAAGCAAAAAAAAGGUGUCACAGACACUGAGCCCAUUAACACUUAAGUUAUCCUCUGACUAUUUCAACCUGAAUAUUAUCAUCUUUUGAUUCUUCUCAUUGACAGAAAGUUUUGGAAUUUAAAUCUGAGAUAUUUUCUUAAAGCCACCUGAGGUCUGAAUUCUAGGUCAUAUCCAGUCAGGUAAAAAUGACUGUCACAAAUUGAAAUGAGAUUAAAAAUAAUUAUUCAUAGUCAUGAGAUACUUUUGAUUAUCUGCCAUUGUUACAUUGAAGAACUUCUACUGUUUCAAAAUAACUUCACAUCUUAUAUGCAACAUUGUGACAAUAUUACAACCUGCCCUUCAAAGCAUGUCUCAUCUCUGUGCUCUCAUUGUAGCACAUUGUGCGGCCCGACUAUGUAGGCUCUGGUUUAGUCCCAGAAUGGCCAGACUACAUAGAAAUCAAAGGUCAAGAGCAGAUUGAAGGCCUUGCCAGGGCAUGUCAGCUAGCCAGACAUGUGUUGCUACUAGCUGGAAGCAGUCUGAAGGUAAGCUGUCGCUGUUAGAAAUAUAUAUAUUUUUUUGCUUCCAUUGUAAAAACAAUGUCUUCUAAUGACCAAUUAUUCUUAGAUUGGUAUGACAACAGACGAAAUAGACUUCAUCGUGCACCAGGAGACAAUCAAGCACAACGCUUACCCCUCCCCGCUCAGAUACGGAGGCUUCCCAAAGUCAGUCUGCACGUCUGUGAACAACGUGGUCUGUCAUGGCAUACCUGACAGGUAAAUGGGCUGACAGUUGACUCUAAUAUUUGAAUCAUUGCACCAAUGAUGUGUGUUAAGGAUAGUGUAUAGUGAGCGGGUGAUUAUGCAAACUAGAACCCUGACAGGGUGAGGCAGGACCCCAAAGAAACCCCUCACUCUACAUUAUACUGCUUAUUAUGAGACUACCAGCUAAAGAGAUAAACAUAUAGACACUGAGCAUUGAUGGUUUCAUAGAUGUAAAGAUGAUUUACUAAUGCAGCAAGAUAAACAAAACCUAAGUACAGAUUUUUUAUGAUCCAGCUGGCUCCCCCGCUCUAAUGUAGAGUGCUUUUACAGAAAAUCUGAGUUUCUCUUUUUUUUUUUUCUUGUUACCCUCAGCACAUUUGUAAAUAUUUUCGCUUGGUGGUUUGUUAUUUUUUAUUUUAAUUUAUUUAUUUUUUAAUUUAAUUUUUUUUUUUUUUUAAAUAAAUAAAUAAACAUAUCAGGGCUUUUUUUCUCAAUCAGCCAGUCCUGUGACACUGAAAAUGCCUGUAGUUUUGCAGUUGUAGUUUGUGGUGUUAGCAUGUAUAUGAGAUAAGUGUAAGGGAUUCUCAUGAGCUGUUUUCUUCUCUUUUUUUUUACUGUCCUCCAGCCGACAACUUCAAGAUGGAGAUAUAAUCAACAUAGAUGUCACUGUGAGUUUAUGCCAGAACACACAAACAAUAACUCAAAGGGUUGUUAAGAAUGAAAUACGUCAAAACAGCAUGGCUCCUAUCCCAAGUUUCUGUCUGUUCAUGUCUAUACAGGUGUAUUUAGAUGGUUACCAUGGUGACACUUCAGAAACCUUCUUAGUUGGCCAAGUGGAUGAGGUUGGGCAGAAACUGGUUGAAACUGCCAGGCGCUGUAGAGAUGAGGCGAUUGCUGCCUGUCAGCCCGGUGCACAGCUGUGUGUUAUAGGAAACACUAUCAGGUAGAUAUAUUGGAAGUCUUUGCACACUGAGUUUUUUAAUUCCAAAUUGCUGCAGGUUAAAAAAAAGAGAGAAAAAUAAAUAAUCUCAUGUUGACUUCAGAAGUUUCACUGGUCAUCACUGUUGUGAGAACUGGUUUGUUUAUCUGUUUUUUUAAUGUGCCACUGAGCUGUGAAUGGUUUCUGAGUGAGAAAAUAUGGACGACUGUGAUCUGAGGAUAAUUCUGCAAUUCCUUUAUCAGUAGUUGAAACUCAAUUUUGAGUACUACUAAUAUCACAGUAAAAAAGAAAAACUCAAUGGACUCUGUGAAAAAAAAAGGAAUCACAAAAACUCAGACUCAGUGUGCGAAGAACUUUACACUCACAAGAAAAUACACACAAAUAUAGUUUUUUGAAUUUGGAGGCUAACAUGAGUUGUAUUACUUACAGUGAAAUCGCCCAUGCCAGUGGUUUUACGGUAUGUCCUUACUUUAUUGGGCAUGGAAUUGGCUCCUACUUUCACUGCCAUCCUGAGAUCUGGCACCAUGGUAAGAUUUGACCCACUGUCCUUUCUUUUAUCAACCACCAGAGCUUCUGUUGUUGUGUGCACAGAAACUAUACACUUGCAAGAAAAAAAUACUGUCCUCAUCCUUGGAAUGAAGUAGAGACUAUGUGGAUAUCAUGUGAAGUGCAGGUUUCCAAAUAUUCUUAUACAUCAAUUUAGAGAAAUGCUUGUUUCUCUGUUUUCAGCUAAUGACAAUGACAUGACCAUGGAUGAAGGGAUGUCUUUCACAAUAGGUACGUUACCUUUCCAAUACUCGAGGGCACAUCAAAUUAUCACUUUGUCUGGGGCUUAUCGUGUCUGUUAACUUGCAGAGCCCAUAGUGAUGGAGGGGUCUGCAGAGUUUAAAAUCUUGAAGGACAAGUGGACGGCUGUGUCCGCAGAUGAUAAAAGGUAUGUGAUGGAAAACCAGAAAUGUAUUUCACAGCAGUGAUUGCAGCAAAUAUGUUUGCAAAAGAUAAUGGCCAGAAUAAAUGAUUUCAGAGCAGGAAAAAAAAAAGAAAAUUGAAGCUUAAAGGGAUAUUCCGGCGUAAAAUUAAGUUAGAGUCAAACACACCUUGCUUCUCUAGUUAUACCAACUUUAGUAACGACCGGAGAUAGGUGCUGUUCUGAGCAUUAUUUGUGGCUAUAGAGUGCCUUUUUGGUUUAGCACAUGGCUCCUGGGACUGCUGUGUAUUGAUAUCUUGUGGUCGUUACUAAAGUUGGUAUAACUGGAGAAGCAAGCAGUUGGCAACAUUCAUCUCUCGUCGGGGUGUCUAACUCAGUGUUACGGUGUGUUUGACCCUAACUCAAUUUUACACCAGAAUAUCCCCUUAAAGAACACAACUUUUUGUUUUCCAUCUCUGCUUGUGUGUGUGAGUUUGUACAACCUGAGCCUAUCGUUGAUGAGUCAAAUACUAAAAGGCUGCUUGACUUACUGUAUCAAUCAAACAAUUAAUUCUAUGGAAAGAACCAUGCUUUCAGGUUUCCUUUUUUAUCCUCCUUUUUUUAAACUGAUUAUCUUCAAGUUCAGGUUUCAAAACUUAAGACAGAAGUAAAACUAUUAUUUAAAGAAUUUUAUGUUUACAUUGUGCUGCUUGACGUCAUGCAGGUCGGCUCAGUUUGAACACACAGUGGUCAUCACAUCUGAUGGAGUGGAGAUUCUCACUAAACUGCCGGAUGAGAGCGAUCCAUGACCUGUGAAGAAAUCUACCUGCUGACCUCUUCAUGAACCUUUAGAAAUCUGUUUACAAACCACCUGACCUUCAUGGGAAGAAAACAGGGCGAAAGGAGCUCAAAUAGUUUCUCCAUACGGCACAUGUCUGUGUAUUAACUUCACAAGUGAAAACGUGUUUUUCUUAGGUUUCCUCCUGUAAAGUAUUUAAAAAACAUUAAAUUAAAUUUCUUAUGUUAUUUUUCAAUAUAAAUGGGUGUGGUACCCAUAAAAAACCUGUAUAUUCAGUCAGACUAAGCUGUUAUUUUCAGUCUCUGACUAGGUUCUGUACAGUGAAAAGUUGCUGCUCAUACAUUUUAGGUUUAUAAAUGUUGAUGUCAGGAUAUCAGUGCAGUCUUCUGUCUUUUUUUUGGCCGCCCAUCAGCAGCCAGUUUACAGAUUUGUGCAGUUCUGUGUUGGCUGGACAGUAUAAUGAGGUUCAUGACAGCAACUGAAACAAGAAGGGGACAAGGCAAUUACAAUUAAAUAAAAUCACAAAACUCUUUCAGUUCUGAGUUCAA